AUGGCUGAUCCUGAUCCUGAUCCUGAUCUUGAUGCCACUCAGGAGUAUUGCUCAAUACUAGGUGCCCUGGGUUCUGUCAUGAUAUUGAUGUUUUAUUCCGUUGUUGUAGUCAAAUAUGGCCCAGCUCUCUUUAAUGGGAUUCCUGAUUCGAUCACCGCUUUAGUUUUUUUGUUGUUUCAUUCAUUGUUGGCAAUCCUGUUGUGGAGCUAUUUUUCUGUUGUAAUAACUGAUCCAGGGGGUGUUCUGCCAAAAUGGAUACCCAUGCUGGAUGAGGAGAAAGGUGACAUAAAUCCACUACUGGGACCAGAAAAUUUUUGUGUAGUGGUGUGCUCUGCACCUAGUGAACCAAAAAAUCGAGGAAUUCGGUUCUGUCAAAAAUGUAAUCAAUUUAAGCCUCCUCGUUGCCAUCACUGUUCAGUUUGCGGUAGGUGUAUAUUGAAAAUGGACCAUCACUGUGUAUGGGUUGUUAAUUGUGUUGGGGCAUUCAACUACAAGUAUUUCCUUCUUUUCUUGUUUUACACAUUUCUCGAGACAACUCUUGUCACUGUAUCGUCAUUGCCGAUUUUUAUUGCAUUGUUUACUGAUGAUGAGAUACCUGGAACACCAGGAACCAUUGCAGCUGUUCUUAUCACAUUUGUUUUGAACUUAGCAUUUGCAUUGAGUCUUCUGGGCUUUCUGAUCAUGCACAUAUCAUUGGUGGCAGGCAAUACCACUACUAUCGAGGCAUUUGAAAAGAAAAGUACACCUAAAUCGCCGUAUGACCUUGGUUGGAAGAUAAACUUUGAACAGGUUUUUGGGAAGAACAAGAAGUACUGGUUCAUCCCUUUAUAUUCAGAAGAUGAUAUAGAAUGGAUGCCACUGUUUCGGCAUUUGGAAUUUCCAGUAAGGCCAGAGUCGGAUGAUAGGGUUUAUGGAGGCAGUCGUCAGAAUCCUGGUAGCUCAUUUGUGUUUGUUGUCCGACGCAAGCUACCCUGGGUGCCUGAAAUGAAAGCAAAAUGUGGAAAGGUCGCCAAAUUUUCGAGCUCUGACACUUGUUCACUUUUGUUUCAGAGCUUCCUUCCUGAAACAAGCUUAGAGUGGCUUCAGCGUUUCAACCAUCUUCUCGACAAUAAGCGCAAUGUUAUUGAGCUUAUCAUGCUUUCUCAGUUGAGAGCGUAUGGCUUUUACACCAACGAAGCUAAAUUCAAUAUCAUUUUUGAAAAAGCCAAAAAACUCAAAGGCCUAAAGAAGAAGGCACCAGCACCUGGGGCUACCAAGAAACCACUGAUUGCUCUAGCGAAGAAACAGCUCGCUGAUACUACCAAGGCGCUCGGACAAGGUGCCUUGCGCCUGGUCCUUAAGCGUAAUGGUGGCGAGCCUGGGGGGGCAAUUGACAAGAAGCUUGCGAUUGUCUCCAAGGUAGUUGGGGAGAAGGGUGCCCCCGAGCCCCCAAAGGGCCUGACAAAGAAAACCCCUAAGCUAGUUGGAUACUUGGGGAAGAAGAAGAUACUUGAGCAAUAUAAAGGCUUAAACAAGAAGAAGUCAACCGAGCCAUAG